AGGGCGCCUGUGAGCAACAACUUUGUCAGAUUGACACAGAAUGGAGAGAAGCUGACGCACCGUUAUUUACCGGACCGUUAACUCUCCUCCUCGAGCCUCUCCUCAUGCCAUCACAGCCUGCAUGCUGCUCCACCCCGGGAAGAAACAAGUUAAAGAUAGUUUUGUAAAAGUUUAGCUCACAGUUUCUCAUUAUUGGGUUUUUUCCCCCUUCUUCUCCCUCUCCUGCCUUCUUCUUCUUUUUUUUUUUUGUUUUUUUGUUUUUGGACACUUUAACCGCGUUAUUACGCAUGAUGCGCAAAGGGAUGGCUCCGCUUCGGGGACAAAAAACGGGAUUACAAAAUGUUUUUUACGUCUGUCUCUCCAUUUCAGUGGCUUUUUCUUACAACAUAGACUUAGAACAUCCUCUGGUGUUCCGCGGACCGAAUAACAGUUUUUUUGGCUACUCUGUGCUGGAGCACUAUCAUGACAACACACGCUGGGUGAUAGUAGGAGCUCCCAGGGCGAACUCUACCUACAGUAGCUCCGUGCACUCCCCUGGAGCCGUGUACAAGUGUCGAGUUCACAGCAACCCGGAGCGCCGCUGCACGGAGAUGGACCUGGGAAGAGGAAACAAGCCGAGAGAGUCGUGUGGGAAGACGUGCCAGGGAGACCGGGACGAUGAGUGGAUGGGGGUCAGCCUGGCCCGCCAGGACAGAGCCGACGGCAAGAUACUGGCUUGUGCCCACCGCUGGAAAAACGUCUACUACGACACAGAGCACAUCCUUCCUCAUGGGUACUGCUCCAUCAUUCCCCCCAACCUGCAGGGCAGGACCAAACCACUCAUCCCCUGUUAUGAAGACUAUAAGCAGAAGUAUGGGGAAGAGCACGGCUCGUGCCAAGCCGGGAUAGCGGGAGUUUUUACGGAGGAGCUGGUGGUGAUGGGGGCGCCAGGGUCAUACUACUGGACCGGGACGAUCAAGGUGUACAACCUGACUUCGGACUCCUUCUACAGCCCGAUCAAUGAAAACAUCGACUCACACAGAUACAGCUACCUUGGUUAUGCUGUGACUGCUGGGCACUUCUCCUCUCCUAAUGUAAUAGACGUAGUUGCAGGGGCACCUCAGCACAACGGCGUUGGAAAAGUUUACAUUUUCAAAAUCGAUGAUGGGUCUUUGGUGAAGAGUUUUCAAGCCUCAGGGAAAAUGAUGGGCUCUUACUUUGGCUCCUCAUUGUGUGCAGUUGAUCUGAACCAGGACGGCCUGUCAGACCUGCUGGUGGGGGCACCCAUGCACAGCCAGCUCCGGGACGAGGGCCAGGUGUCUGUGUACCUCAGCAAGGGCAAUGGUGUGAUGGAGGAGCAAGAUGUUUUGACUGGGGACAGUUCUUUCAAUGCACACUUUGGAGAAUGCAUCACGGCAAUCGGAGACAUCGACGACGAUGGAUAUCAAGAUGUGGCCAUAGGAGCACCUAAAGAGGACGACUACGCGGGAGCUGUCUAUAUCUACCACGGGGACCCCGCGGGAAUCAUCAGCAAGUACUCCAUGAAACUGUCUGGGCGCAGUGUAAACCCUGGCCUGCAGAUGUUUGGCCAGUCGAUCUCAGGCAACGUGGACAUGGAUGGCAACGGAUACGCAGAUGUGACCAUCGGGGCCUUCAUGGCAGACAGCGUGGUGCUGCUGAGGUCCCGGCCUGUCAUUACGGUGGACGUCUCCAUCUUCCUGCCCGUCUCCAUCAACAUCUCUGUUCCGCAGUGCCACGAGGGCCACCAGAACAUAAACUGCUUCAGUGUCACCGUCUGCAUGCGCUUCAGGGGGCGACAGCUGCCCGGGCAGAUAGAGUUGCUGUACAACCUGACAGCUGAUGUGGAUAAGCGUCAGAAGAGCCAGCCUGCGCGCGUCUACUUCACUCAGAGCGGAUCUCAGAUCAGCCAGGUGAGCCAGCAGCUCAGCCUGGACAUCAACAGGGAGCAGUGCCAGCGCUACACCGCCUACGUUAAGAAAGAUGUGAAGGAAGUGUUCACAGCCAUCACGUUCGAGGUGGCUUACAGCCUGGGGAAGCACGUGCUGACGGGGCACCAGGAGCGAGAUCUGCCGGCGCUCACUCCGGUGCUACGAUGGGGGAAAGGAAAAAAUAUUGCAGUGAGGAAUGAGACUUGGUUUGAGAAGAACUGCCUGUCAGACGACUGCGCGGCAGACCUGAGGCUUCAUGGGAAAAUGCUGCUCUCUGGGCAACACAGCAAACCCCAUUUGGCGCUCGGAGGAGUGAAGAACGUCUCUUUGAACCUGACCAUCUCCAACGCCGGCGACGACGCCUACGACACCAACAUCUACUUCAACUUCUCCAGAGAGGUUUUCUACAUCAACUUCUGGCAGAAGGAAGAGAAGGGUAUUUCCUGUGGACUUGUUGAUUUGGACUUCCUCAAAUGCAGCGUGGGAUUUCCCUUCAUGAGAGCGCAGACGAAGUAUCAUUUUGCGGUGAUAUUUGACACGAGUCAGCUCUCCGGGGAAAAUGACACAUUGCAGUUCUUAGUUCAAGCGAAAAGCGCCAAUCCCGAGCACAAACUGUCUGACAACAGUCUGGAUCUGUCCAUCCCUCUGGUUCACGAGACAGACACGACUAUUACUGGUGUGGUUACCCCGAGCUCCUUCGUGUACGGAAACUCCAUCGACGCCUCGCGCUUCGUCCAGUUGGAGGACAUGGAGUGCAACUUUCAGCCUCUCAAUCUCACGUUCCAGGCCAUAAAUAAGGGGCCCAGCAGGCUGCCUGGCUCCACUGUGGACAUCAGGAUACCCAACCGGUUGGCUGGCAGCGGAGCUGACAUGUUCCACAUCAUUGAAACACAGGUGGCCGACGGCCGAGGGAACUGCACCCCUCACAGGAACCCGACACCGUGCACCAUCCCUCAGGACAGGGAGAGCAUCUUCCACUCCAUAUUUGCCUUCUUCACCAAAUCAGGACGCAAAGUCUUGGACUGUGACCGGCCUGGAAGAGCGUGCAUGACAAUCUCCUGCAGUCUGGGUCCACAGUUAACAGAAGAAGCUCUGAGCAUAGAUAUAAAACUCCUACUCAACACUGAAAUUCUUAAAAGGGACAGUUCCUCUGUCAUCCAGUUUGUGACGCGGGGCAACGUGCAAGUAAAUGACAGGACGCUGGAGGUGCCAAAUGGCCUGCCAGAGGACAUUUCUCUGGUGUUCGAGGCUCUCCACAGUCAGGAGCCGAGGGGUUACGUAGUCGGCUGGAUCAUUGCCAUCAGUCUGCUGGUGGGAAUCCUCAUCUUUUUGCUGUUAGCUGUGCUACUCUGGAAGAUGGGAUUCUUCCGUCGGCGCUACAGAGAGAUCAUUGAAGCCGAAAAGAACAGGAAGGACAGUGAUGAAAGCUGGGACUGGAUGGAAAAGAACCACUGAGACUUGCGAUGGGGGGGAGGGGGGGGUCCCAGAGGAGCCAAUGAGAUUAGGGAUUGGGUCGGGAAGGAUCCAAUAGCACGGGGUCUCGCAGCCCAGCCGCCCCAGUGGCACCAGUGGCCCUUCAGUCUUCCAUAUGUGGAAGAGAAGAAUAUUCUCCAUAUUUUUUGGAGCCUUGAUAUUUUUUUGUGGGUGGGGGUCCAGGAAACAGGCUUCUGAGGUGACAGUGUGGCUUGCCAGAGGACACUUGCUGUGGAAUUCAGCUAAUCUCAAAGGAGGUAACUCCCAGCCAGCGGAGCAGAGCCGUUGAUGGAGACCCACAUCCGUACGGGGAUGUGGAGACGGCAUGAAUACUGGUGGACAACAAAACCCUCAGGGCUGUGUUACAUAGCAAAUUUAUUUUUAUACAUACACUUUAAGCCAUAUUGUGUUAAACUGGGCUUCGAGAAGAGUUUGGGGUUUGAAGGCCAUUAUAAACAUACUGUGUCUGCAGUAUGUUUUCCUAAAAGCACUGAUGUUUGAUAAGAAUGACUGCCUCGGCUCCAUAGCUUUACUUUUUAUGCCAAAGAUAUGUCCUGUAUAGUAUAUUAUUGGAGUCGUUUGUAUAUUCAGCUCUUCCUGGGAGUGAAAGAUUGUAUCUUUUCUUUACUGUUUCUGGCUUAUGAAUAUCUAUUUCUCACAUCUGACUGCUCCUCCCUCCCACAGAUCACCAACCAGAGAUAAUUCUGUUUUAGACACACAGUGAUUAAAAUGCUGUGUACUCGUGUCAUCCGCUAGUGAUGUCUCAGAGGUGCUGGAGGCCCAGUGAAAGCUCUCCCAGGUCAUUAGGACUGCAAAAGUCACUGUUCAUACUUAAAGCUUUGUGACUUUCCCUAAGCAUUCCAUUCGUUACAGUCGGGCCGAGAAAGGCAUCAAAUCCUGCAUCACUGUGUGGAUGAAUCUUUCAUGUGUGAGGCAACAUCAGGCUUGUCUUUCAAAUCUUCCAAAUUAAUUGAAAUAACAAUUCAAUACACCUUUUAACUGAAGCAACAAAUUAGCUGCAUCAAAUGAAAGUAAAUGUAAACAUUAGAUCACAAUUAAAAGUUCUGCAGAAAAUGAAAGUUUCCAGAGCUUCACAGCAAAGGCAGCGUUGUAGCAUUGAAUCAAAUUAAAGAGAUCGGCUGCAAUGUCACAAUACCUGAUGGAGUUAUUUGUAUUGGACAUACCAGUGUCAGGUCGGUGUGUCCCUGGUCUGGCCUCUAAGCAAGUUGUUUGGAUGUAACAUUUCAGCCUUUACUGUCUGCAAACCAACAUUAAAUUAACAAAUGCCUUGAAGAUGCAAUGUGCAUUAGAGCAAAUUAUCUAAAGCUGCUCUGCCAGGAAUGUACGCUCAGGUAUGCCGCUGACUUUUCAGAUGGACCCCCAGAAGUUUCCAGUGAGGAUAUCUCGGUUGGUUGCAUUGUAAAUUCUCACUGAAAUACUGCAGGAAAUGAUCCACUCCACGUCCUGACAUGAGACCUGAUCAUGAUUUAUUUCCAAAACCUUUCCAGGCUUCACCUCGGCAGACACAUAUUUAAUUUUACUAUUAUGCUAUUAGGCAUUGGGUUUUAGCGUGAAACAUGAGAUGCAUUACUCUCCACGGCCAGAUGAAAGUCUGCGACGGGAGUGCACCUACAGUCAUUUACAGGGGCCCACAGCAUGAGUAAUGCCCUAAAAAUAGGUGGGAAUGUGCUGCACUCAAUCACGACACAUAAACGAGCUCUUUGGGGCUCCUGGGAAAAAGCUUAUUUUAAGUCAACAUGGAGGAAUGUCAGCGUCCUGGAAAUCUGCCACCAUUAAAGUUCACAGCUCCAGUUUUUACCCCACAUGUUCGUUAGGAUCCAGGGCUUGAUUGUGAAUGACAUUUUAUGUUAAGAGUCCCCAAAGAAGAAAACAUAUUGAGUGUUUUAUACACUUGAAGAGCUUUAUCUCAAAGCAAAAUCCAGAAAAAUGUGCUUCGAUGUUGAUUUUGAAGAAUUUAUGGUUGAUAAAUAAUUAUAUGAUAAGAGGCGUACAGCAUGUCAAGAUGAAACCCUGCAGCCUUGUGAAUUGUAUGUAUUUCUGCAGUCAACCAAAGUCAGAUUUAAACGUGCAAUGCCAAAGAACAAAAACUGUAUUUGAAAAUGUUUCACGCUUUUCUCUAAGGCUCCGGUGCUACGACACUUUAUGGCUCACAAUGACUCUCCCUUGUGCUGUAUGAUCCUUUGUAUUGAUCUGAUACACUUUAUUUUACCAUUUAAUUCCACUGGCAUGACGGCAUAUACUGUACACAUUCACGUCUUCCCUCUGCGCCUGUUGAAGCGAUGCUAUACCUGUACGCAGAGAACCCAACACUUGACUUUUUUUUUUUUUUUUUUUUUUUUGGUAAAAUUUGACUGUGAUGGUUAUAUUUUGUAUGUAUGUUUGUUGUCACCGUUAAUCACGCCGUUAUUUGGGGUUUUUGUUCAAAGUAUACUACUGUCAAAGAAUAUCAUUUCCAUUAUAGUGUGCUGUAUGUUUGAUGUUUAAAGUCAUGUUCGAGCUGUAUAUUUAUCUGUUGAUAAAGUGAGUGAAAUUUCA